UAGUGGAAUGAGCUGUGUUUAGAGGACUGAUGGUCGAUUCUUUUUGUAGCAUUUCAGGGUUUUUAUUUUUUAUUUUUAUAAUUAUUAUUUUAUGAGGAAGACAAUAUAUAUCCCUCCAUUUUUUCUUAACAAUUAUAUCUAUUUAAAUGUUCUUAAUUAUAAUUUUGCAUGAGCAAACUUCUUAAAUUACGGUUGUAAUAGAGAAUUAUGACAAUUGCAUUUAAUUAACUAUAUUAUCUUAUGUUUAUAACCUUCAAAAAUUUUGAACCUGGGCCAUAAGCAAAUAUUUCUUGAGGAAGAGUUGGUUACUGAUCAAUGUUUUUUUUUUUUUUUUUUUUUUUUUUUUUUUUUUUUUAUACAAUUUUUUUUGGAUUUUGUUGGUUGUAAAACUUUAACUAUGGAGUAUUUAAUAACUAUUUGUGUCAUCGAUGCAUUUGAGCACUGGUUUUUCCCAAGAUGUUUUUCAAAUUAUGUGAUGUCUACUUGUCCCCCUAGUUUAAAAUUUCUGACUCCGCCCCUGAUUUCAGCGUGUCUUAAAUUACCACCACUAUCAAAGAAGGUGAUGAAAGGUUGGAAAUGCCCUUCAUUAAAACCAAUAAAUCGUAAUUAUACCUCAUAUUGAUGCUUAUGUUUUAUUGUGUCAUAAACAAUCCAUUUAUUUUACCGAAUCCCUAUUGUACAUUUUAUGUCACAUUGUAUAUUUUAUGCCACACAAUUAUUAUUCACCACAUAGAAUAGAACAGAAAAGGUGUAUAUAACUUGAUCAUCCAUCAUUUCUUUUUCAAGUUUUGUUGUCUUAAAAGAUGGUUUCCUAAGCCCAUCCAAUACCAAACCUUUUACCCAAAUUAACCAAGCCUUGCCCAAAUGCCCAAUACCAUCGUCUUCAAUAGUUCAAUCUCAAACUAUCCCAAAAUAAACAUAACAAUAACAAAACCACAAAAAAAUAAUUUAAAAAAUAAAAACCUCCUUAAAACCCCCUUUCAAAAUAAAUAAAAACGGCCACCAUUUUAGUGUGCCUGAAACCAACAACAGCACCAGUCCACCACCACCAAAGAAGGUGGUGAAAGGUCGGAAAUGCCCCGCAUCAAAGUAAAGAAUCUCAGCUCCCUCUUUCGCUCCGUCGCUAAAGUCGAGUCUUCUCCCUCCUCCGCCGCUGUCACCGUCGGGAACGCCGUCGUUUCUUCCUCCAAGAAGAAAUUACGCUCUUCUCCUCCUACUCUUACUCCUCCUUCUUCUUCUUCGGGGGCAAAAUCGUCUUUGAGCAAGCAGCCUCGCCUCCAGAAUAUUCCGGCCACCGUCGUCGAAGAUACUGGGGAUUCAGCUAAGGAAGUAACGCAGGACAUUUCUUCUAUAUUGUGUGGUAUCGAUGAUUGGGAGUUUGAUGAUCCAUCUGAUUCUGAAGCGGCUAAUGAUGACACAUCAUUGGAGGAUGAUUCUGAUGUGCGUUGGUUUUCCGAAUUGUUUAAUAGCAGCACGCCACUACGUCGUAAAGAGUUAUCUCGUGAUCGAAAGAAUAAAUGGGUCUUUAAGAACACUCAAAAACUGCGUUUUGAUAAGUUGGUUAGUAUGUGCUUGGAUAAAGUGGGAUCAGGUUCAACUUUUCACGUGUUAUAUAAAUUAGGCCGAGGGACAGGUUUGAAAGAGUAUAAUGCUUUCAUUAAAGGUUGCAUAGAGACAGCUAGAAGUCUCAAAGAUGAGAAACUCCAGAUAGAACAGAUUUUGGAGGCAUACCGGCUGCUUCAAUUAAUGAAGGAACGGGGUUUUCCGAUAGAAGAGGAUGCAUUUGGCCCAUUCUUAAUGUUUCUGAUUGACAUGCAUAUGGAUGACCAAUUUUUAAUUCUUCUUGAGAUCAUCAAAGAUGAAGAUCCUAGUUUACAUCCACGAUUAGGCUACUAUGAGAUGCUUUUUUGGAUUGAGAUGAAUAAUGAAGAAAAGAUUCUUGAGUUUUGCCAGCAAAUUGCUUCUGGUGAGAGUGAAAUGGGGUCUGAAUUGCAUGAAAAUUAUUUGUUGGCACUGUGUGAAAGAGAUAAGAAGGAGGAGCUUCUUCACUUGCUAGAUGUCAUAGACAUAACCAGAGUUUCAUCAUUGGAUAAUGUAGCUUGUAUUUUCAGAUCUCUGGGGCGAUUAUCAUUGGAAGCUUUUGCGGAAUUGUUUGUCUUGGUAUUGAAAGAUUGUGGUCAUAAGGCCCAAAGUAUUUCAAAUUUGAUCUUCUCCUAUGCGUCUAGCUUAAAAAAUACAGCGGUUGAGGAUAUUAUUCAGAUAUUCAAAGAGAUGCAUGGAAAAAUGGAUCUUGCACUUUUGCCUGGAUCAUAUGAAAAUCUCAUUAAAUAUUGUCUUGACUCCACUAAGGUCCAUUUGGCUUUGGAUUUAGUUGAUGAGAUGUGUGAAGCAGGUUUAUCUUUAUCCACGGGAGCACUCAAUGCCAUAUGUCAUGCUUGUGAGGAGAGCUGUGAAUUUAUAUUGGUUCGUCGGAUCUAUUCAAUGCUCAGUAGUCAUGAGAUGAAGCCAAAUAAUGAGACAAUCAGAAGCAUUAUCAACAUGAAUGUUAGAAUGAAAGAUUUUGAUAAUGCAUAUGCCGUGUUGAAGGAUUUGGAAACGAUUAAGAUAGUUCCUUCAGCAAGUAUGUACAAUGCUAUAUUGGCUGGUUAUUACAGAGAGAAAAACAUGGAUGGUGUGCUGAAAGUCCUCAAAGAAAUGAAAAAUGCAGAUGUCAAACCAGAUUCUCAGACUUUUGGCUAUCUGAUAAGCAACUGCUCAAGUGAAGAAGAUAUUAUGAAGUAUUAUGAACAGCUAAAGGGCACUGGUGUUCAAGCUACAAAGCAUAUUUUUAUGGCACUAAUAAAUGCAUAUGCUGCAUCUGGUCAAUAUCAGAAGGCCAAGGAGGUUAUUUUAGACAAAGGAAUACCUGUAAAGUACUUAAAUGAAAUCAAAAGUUCUCUUAUCUCGGCCCUCGCAUUACGUGGCCAAAUAUCUGAUGCCCUAGAUAUUUACAAGGAAAUGAAACAAAAUGGUUGUUCUUUGGAGCCAAAGGCUGUUAUAGCCCUCAUUGAACGCCAGCAUUCUAAAGGAAAGUUGGAUUUAUUGCUACAGCUACUUGAGGAAUUGAAUGAUCCAUACUAUUGGACUGAUGGUUGCUGCAGAGUUAUUUUAUACUGUAUUAGGAACAAGGCUUUAAGGCCCGCUGUUGAUUUGCUAAAGAAACUCUCAAAUGAUUUCCGGGAUGAUGAUAUUGCUAGAGAAGUUAUAUUCGAUGAGGUAUUUUCACAAAUUGCUGACAUGGAAAGUCCCAAUUUGAAGAUUGGCCUAGGCUUGCUUAAAGCUAUCAAGGAAGAUCUGAAAUUGCGCCCUUCACGGAAAUGUCUGGAUUUUCUCCUUAGUGCUUGUGUCAAGGGAAAGGAUUUACUGAAAGCUCAUUUGGUUUGGAAGGAGUAUGAGAUAACUGGCCUACCUUACAACAUUUUAAGUUACUUAAGGAUGUAUCAGGCAUAUCUAGCUGCAGGAGAUAUGGAAGCAGCCACCGCAUUUCUGAGUAAUAUACCAAAAGAUGAUCCCCAUGUUCGGUCUGUGCUCCAUGCAUGCCGUAUAACUUAUGGAAAGCCCAAAGAGGAGAAGAAAAAGAAGAAAAAGAAAAAGAAAACAUAGAGGAAGAAUAGAGAGAUGAAUUGGAUCAUAAAAAAAUUUCCAAUUGAAAUAAUACAGCAUGAGGUCAAGCUCUGUUUGCUUGUUAAUAUCUCAUUUCAAGUUACCAAAAUUUCAGUGAUUGGUCAAGAUAACACGAGGCCGUUUAUUGUCCUGUUUGCUCUUACAGAGGUUCCAUGGCUUGAUUUGAUUGAGAAGAGCUCUGUUCCAGAUUUUGAGUUAGCUCCAGCUUGAGGCUGCCUCAAUUGUGUGGAGAACUAAUACUAUUAUUCAUCAUCCAAAUGGUGUCACACUUGCACACAUAAAAUGAUACAUACUAAGCCUUACAGUAAUUUUGUAGGUUGGGACUAUUUUCUGUUGAAGCCCCAAAAAUGUGAACUUGGCUUCUGUCCAAGUAUCCUGAAGAAGGUACACAUAGGAUAAUUGAAGUGUUUUCGAUUUGUGCAAAUUCAUUAUUUGGGGUAUCAUCAUGAACAUAUGAUGAAAUACAGAAAUAGCCAAAUAGGUCUUUAGUUGGUCACCAAGCUAACGUUCCUGUCUUGUAACCUUGAAGCCAAUUUGGCAAGUGGAACAUCAUAUUGAGAUCAGUAAAAAUUAUCAUUUGUUACA